AUGAAGAGAUAUCAAUACUUAUGUAUUUUGGUUUGUUCAUGGAUCAGCAUCGCUGUUGGAAGUCUGAAUGACUGUCAAAAUCUUAUUGAUACAAUAGCGGUUGCCAAUUCUUUGUUGUCAGAGAAAGGAGCCUCUAACGAGGUCUUAAAUAGCUUUGAAGAUGCUGCUAAUAUCCUUGAAAGAGACGACACUCUUCUUGGCAGAUGUGAUCAGAUUAAGGAAGAGAUGCCUCAGUUCUAUUACAAAAAGGCUUUGAUAGAAUUGAACUUGAAUAAGGAAUCAAUGGCGAUUCUGGACUUUAACAAAGUAAUUCUAUUAGAUCCAAGCAAUGAACCUGCUAGAAAGCGUCUUCUUGACUUAUACAUGGACGAGGCAGAUUUUGAUGGGAUGAAAGGAGUGAUAACUGAGAAGGAUGUUGCUAUUAAAGAGAAGAUAAAAAUUUGGGAGAGCUCAUAUGAGAAAGCAAUGAGCCACUAUAAGAAGCAAGAAUACCCAGAAUGUAUUAGGGAGUUGUCUCAAGUACUUUCGUUAUCUAAAUCUUUACCUAAAGCAUAUAUCGACCACUACAAGUGUGCUGAUGAAUACUUCAAGCAAGGCGGUAAACUAGAUGAUGAAGAAUUAUACAAAAUUGCUAUCCAUGAUCUUUCUAAGCUAAUUCAACUACAACCUAUCCAUAGCUUAGAAUUUUAUGCUUCGAUAUCUGAAUAUUUGCUUUUCACAGAGAACCAGUAUGAAAAGGCGAGAAUCUUUGCCAAAAAUUGUUUGAGAAUAGAUAACGACUAUAAGCUUUGUGGAGAUUUAUCAAAGUUUUACACCAAAUUCCAAACUUUCUUGAAAACUCUAGAAAAUUAUUCCAUCACUAUCGGUCAUUACUACCUUAUAGACCAGGAAGUAAAGAAUCAUCCAGAGGAGGCAGACUACCUGUUCGAUUUCAAGUUUAUUCAGGAUUUUUUGUUUAAGGAAGACAUCAAGGUAAGCAAGCUUGAAAAACGAACCAUCCCAUACGGGGUAAAAACUAAUUACGACUAUUUGGUUUACAGGGCCACGAAAUUUCUUGGAAAAGAUAAAACCAUUGAUGCCUUGAAAUUUAUCCAAGAUUUAAAUAUGAUUGCAUGCGAGAGUUUCAUUGUGAAUAGAGACUCCAAAAACUAUAAAAUGUAUUGUAAGAAAGUUCAUCUAGAUUCAUUUUUUCCAAAAUUUGUACCUGAAGUUGAUAAACUCUUGCAUGGCCAGAAGUUUUCAGAGGCCAAGAAAUAUCUUGAUCAAUUCAACAAUAAUGUCAAGCGCUCUCCUUUAUUUGUUGAGAGACACCGAAAAGUAGACCUCCAUUUCAAGAAACUAAACCAACAACGAGAGCGCGCUAGACAACAACAGCAACAACAGCAGCAUCAACAAAGACAACAGCAAUAUUUUAGGCAACAGCAACGCCAGCGUUCUCCCUCAAGCAACCAGAAGCCUUUAAACGACUACUAUAAAAUCCUUGAAAUAUCCAGGGAUGCGGAUGAUAGGACCAUUAAAAAGGCCCACAGAACUCAGACGUUAAAGUAUCAUCCAGAUAAAUACAAAGGCACGGACAUGACACCAGACCAAAUCGAAAAUAAGAUGCAAGAGAUAAACCAAGCGUACGAAGUGCUAUCGAAUAAAGAACUUAGAGAACGAUACGAUAGAGGAGACGACCCAAAUGAUCCUUUGAGUGGUCAAAGGGAGCAGCAUGCGCAUCAUCAGCAACCUUUCAACUUCCACAGUGGUGGAGGUGGUGGAGGUGGUAGUCAGUUCAAGUUCAAUUUUGGUGACGACUUUAUCAAGCAAUUCAUGGGGCAGCAAGGAGGAGGGAGCAACUUUCAAUUUGGUGGUUUCGGGGGCCAAGCUCAAGGAGCUAAAUCAAAACGAAACAAAAAUAGAAGAAGAAAUUAG